UAAAAACCACGCUAGUAAUUAAAAAUAAAAUAAGAUGUAUGACUUUGAAGAAGAGAGUGACGAAGAAAAUGAAAUUCAAGACUUGGAGCAACUUAAUGCAGUUUUAAUUGAUGAUGAACCUUGCUCAAGUGCAUCAGUUUCUCAAAUAUCAACAGGUGCAACAAGUUUCUGCAGUUUUUCUUCUAAAUAUGAGGAGUAUUCAAAAAUCGAAACUACUUUAGCUCUUAAUAAAAUGUGUGAUGAAAAGUUAUCCAGACUAGAGAAAAUGUUACAAUCUCGUUUGCGUGAGUGUCGACAAAAGUUAAGCGAUAUACAGGGUACAGACUGGAAUGACAAAUUUGAUAAAGUUGAGACAUUCCGUUAUGUCAAUUGUGGAAAACCUUAUUUUAAAGAUAGGUCGAAUUUUCCAGCUCCAGAUAAUGAUGACUCUGUAAUAAUGAACAAAUCUGAAAUGUAUGACUUUUCAAAUAUUGUAUCUGUUCCUGGAUGGACAGUUAAAGAUAAAAGUCAGUUUAUGGUGCUAAUACUUAAACUAUCUCAAGUAAAAAGAAAAAAAGAAUUGGAAUCCAAAAUUGCAGCCUUGAAACGUGAAAAUAAAGUUCAAGAAAACAAAAAUGAUAAGGCAAUUGCAAGAAUAAAAAAAGAAAUAGAUUGUGUAAACAAAAUGUCACUAAAAGAUUUAGCACUACCGUUACAAGAUGAAUAUGAUUGGGACUACAUUGCCAAUAAAUUAAAUUAUAGACACAGUGCUCAGGAAUAUAGAUCUCUCUGGAAGUUAUUUCUUCAUCCAAGUAUAAAUAAAAAUGUUUGGAGUAGAACUGAGCAUAUAACACUACAAAAAGUUGCUUAUGAUGAAAAACUACAAAACUGGGACAAGAUAGCUGAAAAGUUAAAAACUGGUAGAACAAAUUACCAGUGCUUUGUCUAUUUCCGAACAAACAUGAUUAAUACAUUCACAGGCAGAAAAUGGACAAAAGAAGAAGAAGAAUACCUGAAAAGAUUAAUUGAAUAUUAUAAAGAAGAUAAUUAUAUACCAUGGGGUAAAGUAGCAGCUUCAAUGGAGAACAGAACUAAGAUUCAAAUCUACAAUAAAUAUUCAAGGAUGUGUGAACAUAGAAAAGGAAGAUUUUUAGCAGAAGAGGAUGCAGUAAUAUUAACCUGUUUUGAAAAUUUUGGUCCAAACUUUAAAAAGAUGACAAAGUAUCUUCCGGGCCGUUCUUUGACACAAUGCCGAGUCCGGUAUCAGGUCUUAGCUAAAAAAAGAAUAUCAACAGUAUGGACAAUAGAGGAGGACAGAAAACUUGUCCAGCUAAUGGCAAAUCAAGAUACAAUCACUAAUUAUUCCAGUAUUGCUCCAUAUUUCCCAGGAAAAGACAGAGUGCAUAUAAGAGCGAGGUAUUUAACAUUAUCUAAAUGGAUGAGAAGAAAUCCCAAUGUAGAUAUUGCUAAAGCUCCGAGACGCGGAGCAAGACGCUUAGGUCAUGGACAUUGUGCUGAUGACUUAAAUAGAGCUAUAGAAAGUCUAAAAACUAGAAUACAAUCGGAAGUGACCGAUAAGAAAAGUAAAAAGGUCACAAAAGAUUCACCAGAAAAUGUAAUAGAAGAUGCUAUAAUAGCUCAUAUUGUCACAGAAAGUGUAAAAUUGGAAGAGGCAAGGAAAAUUGAAUUGGAUGAGGAAGAACCAGAUUCUUCAGAUGAUAAUUUUAAUAGUCGUACCAGAAAAUGCAAUGUGACAAACUUACGUAAAAUACUUAUUCUGUUAAGGGCAAAAUUGAACAAUGAAAAGUUUUUAAACAGUUCAUAUGGUAAAAAAUAUCGAGAUUUAUUAGAGCCAGAACAUGAAAUGUAUACAGUAAAAGUUAAGUCUUAUUCCAAACAAAAUACAGAAACUAGUAUAGAAAUAAGUGGAAGUCCUGACAUUUGGGGAAAUGUCUGUUUAGGUCCUUUAGCAUAUGUUCUUCCACCACAUUAUUCGACCAUAACAGGGUGUAAGAAAUUAAUGUCGUAUGUUACUACUAAAACACAACAUGCAGACACAAUAAACAUAAAUGUAGUUAUGAGAAGAAAUGUCAUGUUAAAAGUGCAAGCUUUUCUCUUAAUGGAGCGAUUCAAUGCCUUAUUCCUAUGGCCGAUGUUACUUUCAAAUACACAUCCAGACACAUCUAUUACAUUCACUGAAGAAGAAAGACAACUAUCACAAAGUUAUGCCGAAAAUUAUCCAGUAUUUGAUAAGGAAGAUUAUGCUUCUGCUAUGUCAACAAAUUAAAAAAUGUUGAAAAACGAAAAACAUAUUUAUCAGAAACAGACAAGUAGCAUU